GUGACUUGAUUUACAACAGACUUGAUAGUGAAGGAUGUCGUUUUUAUGCCAUCUGUAGCCCGACAUGUAAUAUUGAACGACACAGUGUACAUUGUCCUGUCACUACUUUGCCAGCUACCACAUCCUCGGAGUGGUCUACAGUAACAACAACAGUUCCUCUGCCUUCCACCUCUACACGUCCUCCUUUUCAUGGUUGUGUUUCCACUAUUUACCCUCCUUUACAACCUGGAGAAAGAUUCAAAUUAUCCAACUGUACUGAAGUCGUCUGCAAUGGAGACAACAAUAUAGAUGUAGUACCAACGUACUGCCCACCUGUAAAGGAAAUUACCUGUGCAAACAAAUAUCCACCAAUGCUGGUACCUGAUGAAAAUGGAUGCUGUUACCGAUAUGAGUGUCAAUGUGUGUGUAGUGGAUGGGGUGAUCCUCAUUACAUUACUUUUGAUGGAACCUAUUAUACCUUCCUUGAAAACUGCACUUACGUCCUGGUGAAACAGAUUGUCCCCAGAUAUGACAACUUCCGUGUUUACAUUGACAAUUAUUACUGUGAUGCAAAAGAUGGACUCUCCUGCCCUAAAUCCAUUAUUAUUUUCUACAAAUCUGCAGAAGUGGUGCUGACUCGUCAACUCAUGAAUGGUGUGAUGACCAAUGUGAUGUACUUCAACAAAAAGAUUGUUGAACCAGGCUUCAAAAAAGAUGGCAUUUCUUUCUCCACUCUUGGCAUCAAUAUGAUUGUUGAAAUAGAAGAAAUUGGUGCUGUCAUCACCUUUAGUGGUCUGAUUUUCUCUGUCAAGCUCCCAUACAGCAAAUUCGGCAACAACACCGAAGGACAAUGUGGAACAUGUACAAACAAUAAAGCAGAUGAAUGCCGCUUACCAAGUGGUAAGAUCAUUUCCUCCUGUCCCCAAAUGGCUCAUCACUGGAUUGUUGACAACAACAAGUCAUGCCAUGGAGUACCAAUACCACCAACUAUAACCACACCUCCACCAAAGCCGCAGUGUCAAACACCUCCGCUCUGCAAACUUAUCCUGAGCGAGGUUUUUGCAGAAUGUCAUACCGUGAUACCACCAGAACCAUUUUUCAAGGGCUGUGUUUUUGAUGGAUGUCGCAUAGAUGAUGAAUUCAUGCAGUGUUCCAGUUUGGAGAUAUAUGCUACAGAGUGUGCUGCUAGAGGCGUCUGCAUUGACUGGAGAGGAAUGACCAACAAUACAUGUUCAUUCAGCUGUCCAUCAAGCAUGGUAUACAAGCCAUGUGGGCCCAUUAACCCAGUUACCUGUGACCAAAGUCUGCAGAGAACCAAAUGGAAUGUCCAGAUGGGACAGGGUUGUGUAGUCAACGAAACCUAUUAUGCACCUGGAGCUGCCAUUCCAUCAGGCCCCUGUGAAGAAUGUACCUGCUCUGCAUCCUCUCCCUCAAGGCCUCACCACCUUACGGUCACGUGCCAGCCUGUCAUCUGUGACACAUACUGCCCGCUGGAAGGAGAACACUGGAAUCCACCUGGUGAUAACUGUACUGUUUACACAUGUGAAAAACAUGCUGACCAGUUCAUUCAAGUCGUCAAAGAGGCAAGCUGUCCUGCCUUUAACUAUGAUGAGUGUGAUCCAGAUGAUAUCAGGUUAUCUGAAGAUGGCUGCUGUUUAGUGUGCCGAAGAGUACCGAAACUUUGUAUGAAGUACAAUAUGACUACUGUCAUCAACUAUCAUGGCUGUGUAUCUCCUGCACCUGUUGAGAUCACAUACUGUGAAGGCAGCUGUGAUGCUUACUCACGAUAUUCUCAAACGACAAACACAAUGGUGCACAAAUGCUCGUGUUGUCAGGAAAUCAAGACCAGCAAGAGGAAGGUGACUCUGAUGUGCAGUGAUGGAACCUCCCUUGAUCACUCCUACACCUACGUGGAGAAAUGCAGCUGUGUGGGUGCUGAGUGCAUUACCCAAGGCAACACCCAACAGGAGACACAGCAGACAAAGACCUCUCAGGAGCAAGCAAAUGCCAAAAAUUACAACUAG